AUGGAAGACAGAAAGAUACGAAGUAACAAAUAUGGAAGAAGGAUUGUGCCUACGAUGCCAUAUAUCCCAGAAGCGGGACCUAAAAGAGAUUCUCAGGUUUCCGAAUUUUUAACCAGGGUUCACAUGGAGUUGGAUUAUCCACCUUUAUUUGAGGAUAAAUCUUGGACAAAGAGCGUACCUACUAAGGAUACACAAAUGUAUUUUAAACCUACAGAAACCAUAGGUGCUGCUUUUUGCCCCACUGGUCAAGAUCUAAGAAUCCAAGACUUAGCUCCCCCAAAAAAAGCUAAAACUAGUUUUUUUGGCCCGGACGGAAAACUGGCGUUUCCCCCAGAAAAAAGUCGUUAUCAAGAAGAGCAAGAAGAGGAGGAACGUCGAAGAAAGGAACAAAAACGAAAAAGAAAAAUACCAGGGAUCAUUCCAUUGGGUGUUCUACUGACAAGGCAAUACUAUGAAGAGAAAAAACAAGAAGAGGAAAAAAAAGAGCGACAACGUGCAAUGAGAAGAAAAUUAAAAGCUAUAGAUGAUGCGGAAAAAAAUGGAUUUCCUGAUGAUCCAAAAGAACUGGAAAAACUGGAAGCAGUUUUACCAUUGAAACCAGGAGAGCAAAAAAGAUUCCUCAUCCAACAAGCUGAAGAAGAGAUGAAUGAAUACAUAAGACCAAAUGAUAUCAAAAGAAUGUAUUAUUAUUUAACCAAGGGUAUAGACAACAAACACAUAGAGCCCUACCACAUGGAAUGGCUCAAUUGUGCGAAACAAAAAAUUCCAGAAAAAUACAAAAUUCUCCGAGACUUCAAGCAAAUGAUGUCCCAUUCAGAGAAGGAAGUUCAAAAACUGUACUGCGAGUUUAUGAGACGAUUUUUAUUGAAUUACGUUUUAAAAGAUCCAUUCGAAUGGGAUCGGCUUAAUUUUGAUACAUUUCCAAAAACAUAUCCAGGUUGUAUGCUGAUAAGAGCUCCAAUACCUUGGCAUAACCAAUUCUGUGUUGGAAGGCAGAGCGUAGAACGGUUUUACUUCAUUGGUAACUCGAUUAUUAUCAAAAUCAGGGAUGCCUGGUUCGAAAAUUUUGAUGACCAUCUAAUCGUCCCCACAGAAUACCUAGAAAACCUCGUAUUCCCUAUUGACCCUAACAAGCUCAGAGAGGAAAUAGGCAUUCUAUGUAACAACGCCAGAGAACUGAUCCUCGAAGAAUGGUUCCCUAUGUGUUGCGAUAUUUUUUUGGAAAACAAGGCACUGUGGAAACAGUACAUCCCCAGGGAAAAAGGACAGUCGGUCAAAAUAAUUAGAGGAUUUUUCAAUUGUGUCAACACGUUACUUGGUCUGCAAAUCAGAUCUAUGAUUGUGAGGAGUUUGCAGCAUUUUACCAGUCUUAUUAACCGAUUUGUUGAAGGAAAUGAUUAUGGUGAUAAAUAUGUAGAUGGUCAAAUAAUCGCAAUCCCUUUUAUAAUAGUUUACGCAGUUCCUGACGAAGAUGAAAUCACGAUUCGUCCAGAUUUGACCGAGUUAGGACGGAUGGUUCAAAGCAUUUUUAACGAUAUUUUGAAUAUUAAGAAAAAAAUACCUCGGAUAGAAAAUAUGAUGUUUCCUGAAUUUGUCUAUGAAGAAACUUUCGUGAUAUCAAUUGACGCAAAUGAUGAAUACGUAAGCAAAAUGAGACAAAAUACAGACGAGAUUUUUCAAAAAAACGUUAAUGGGCCAAUGAUUUACUUAAAAAUAUACAAAAAAAUAUGCCUUACUUUUGAUGAUAUGUGCCAAAAGCUGGGCCAAUCUCCCGAAAGCGUAGCCGAAUUGGUGGAACUUCAAAACUACGUAGUAGAAUGCCGAGAUGUCACGAUGUAUAACAUUAGAGAACAAAUAAGAAAUCAGACCGAGUUGAUACUAUUUCUAAUGAAAUUUGCCCUACUAAGCGACGAGGAUAUAACAUUGAACAGCAGGACUUUCUUAUGGCCAAAAGACAUGGAAUCAAUAAUAGAGUUGGCAAUACAAAGAUUGAAUUUGAAACGCGAACAAGCCGAAGUAAAUCUGAGGAACAAACGUCAGCACUUCGAUCAAACGUUACUGAGGCACGAAAAAAUGCUUGUCGCGUUCAAGAAAAGAGAUCCUGCUGUUCUGUCUCAGGAGGAAAUGGAGGACUGCGUCAAUACAGUGGAAGAUAUCGUCGAAAAGUUACAGGCUGACAAAGAGGAAGCAGACCAGAUAAACGCUGAGGAGCAGUUGUUGGACUUGGACCCAUCUCCAUUUAUGAAUCUAUACAAAAUGCUCGCAAUGGUCGAACCAUACGACAAGCUAUGGCAUACCGUGCUGGACUUCCACAACAAUUAUGAUAUAUGGUACUAUGGACCUUUCUUGGGGCUAGACGCAGACGAGAUAACAGAAAACGUGGAGAACACAUGGAGGAUUCUAUAUAAGCUAGCCAAAGUUUUUUCAGACAACCCAGGGGCCAAACGUAUCGCUGAAAUGGUUCGAGCUAAAGUAGAAAAAUUCAAGCAAUUCUUGCCUGUUCUUGCUACAGUCUGUAACAAAGGUUUACAGAAACGACAUUGGGAUAUGAUCAGCCAAAUAGGAGGGGUUAAACUUAAUGUAACCCCAGAAUCAACUCUAAACGAUAUGAUUGAAGCUGGCUUGCCUAAAUUUGCAGCCCAAUUGGAAGAAAUCAGUGCGUCAGCUACCAAAGAGUACGCAUUGGAAAGGAACUUGGCCAAGAUGAAGGAAGAGUGGAGUGAUGUCCGAUUUGAAUGUGUACCUUAUAGGGAAACUGGUGUUCAUAUACUAUCAGCGGUGGACGAUAUCCAGGUUAUGAUGGAUGAUAACAUUCUAAGAGCACAAACCAUGCGAAGUUCGCCUUAUGUAAAAGCUUUUGAACGCGAAAUGCAGGCCUGGGAAGAAAAGUUGCUUUCCAUGCAGGAUAUUCUGGAUGCCUGGCUUGUUAACCAAGCCACUUGGAUGUACCUAGAACCCAUAUUCAGUUCGGAAGAUAUCAUGAGGCAAAUGCCCACAGAAGCGAGAAAUUUUAAAACCGUCGACAAAGUUUGGAGAUCCAUCCAAGCAAACACCAUUCUGGAUACAAGGGUUUUAGUGGCGACCGAAUAUAAAAACAUGCUGUUUCUUUUGAGGGAAAACAACAGACUACUUGAAGAAAUUUUGAAAGGACUUAACGAGUAUUUGGAGAAAAAGAGAUUGUUCUUUCCAAGAUUCUUCUUCUUGUCGAAUGACGAGCUAUUGGAGAUUCUAUCAGAGACCAAGGACGCUCAAAGAGUGCAGCCGCAUUUGAAAAAAUGUUUUGAGGGUAUCUACCUUUUGGACUUUAGUGAUGACCAAGUACUUGGCAUGAUAAGUGCUGAGAAAGAAAUCGUACCGUUCUCUACCAAAAUAUUCCCUGCAGAGGCUAAAGGUAUGGUGGAAAAAUGGCUUGUUCAAGUUGAAGAAGUUAUGAUAGAAUCGAUGAAAGAUGUUACCAGUGCUUCAAUUAAAUCUUACACUAAAAGUGAUAGGGCUGAAUGGAUUGUAUCCUGGCCAGGACAGAUUGUCCAGUGCGUAAACUGUAUUUUUUGGACUAAAGACGUAACAGAGUCGAUAUCAUCAAUGAGGUUAGAAGAACAAGAAAAAAAAUGCUCCGAACAAAUCGAAGUCAGCGUUAAAAUGGUACAGGGUAAAUUAGAACCUGGAAAUCAAGUUACAGUCGAGGCUCUUAUAGUCAUAGACGUCCAUGGAAGGGAUAUUGUUAAAAUGUUGAAAGCCCAACAAGUCCAUUCCACCAUAGACUUUAACUGGAUUUCUCAACUAAGAUACUAUUGGCUUGAAGAAGAAAAAUCUGUUACUGUGUGCAUGAUAACAACAGAGGUCAUGUAUGGGAUGGAAUACUUGGGAAAUACUGGUAGACUGGUGGCUACAUCUCUUACCGAUAGAUGUUAUAGAACCUUAAUGGGUGCAUUAAAAUUAAACCUAGGUGGAGCACCAGAGGGUCCAGCAGGAACUGGUAAAACAGAAACCUGCAAAGAUCUUGCAAAAGCAGUAGCGAAAAAAUGCGUGGUUUUCAACUGCUCGGACGGGCUUGAUUAUAAAGCCUUGGGAAAAUUUUUCAAGGGUUUGGCUCAGGCUGGCGCAUGGGCGUGUUUUGACGAAUUCAAUCGAAUAGAACUGGAAGUGUUAUCAGUGGUGGCUCAGCAAAUAUCAUGCAUACAAGUCGCCAUAGCAUCAAAACUUAAAAAGUUUGUCUUCGAAGGGACUGAGUUGACUUUAGAUCCAACAUGUACUGUGUUUAUCACGAUGAAUCCAGGAUAUGCAGGUCGACAAGAAUUACCCGACAAUCUUAAGGUUCUCUUUAGAACUGUAGCUAUGAUGGUUCCAGAUUAUGCUAUGAUCGGUGAAAUAUCUUUGUUUUCGUAUGGUUUUACGCAAGCUAGUAGUUUGUCUCAGAAGAUCGUCCACACCUACAAACUGUGCUCCGAACAACUGUCGUCGCAAAAUCAUUACGAUUACGGCAUGAGGGCGGUAAAGUCAGUAUUACUGGCUGCCGGUGCGCUUAAAAGAAACUACCCCGAAAGUUCGGAACCUCAGCUAGUUUUAAGGGCUAUCAUCGAUGAUGUUCCUCUAUUCGAAGGCAUAUUUUCCGAUCUGUUUCCCGGAGUUGACCUACCAACGUUUGAAAGAGCCGAGUUAAUAGAAUGUCUUAAAGAAACCAUAGAAGAAAGACAGCUAUAUGGGUCUCCAUGGUUCAUCGAAAAAGUUAUGCAGAUAUACGAAAUGAUUUUAGUAAGACACGGCCUCAUGGUGGUUGGGAGGCCUUUAGGAGGGAAAACGCAGGCGUAUCAGUGUUUGGGUGAAGCACUGGGCAAACUCUGCGAUCGACCAGAAGCCAAGCUUAAAGAGAACCACACAAUGUACAGAAUCAUUAACCCUAAAGCCAUAACAAUGGGUCAAUUGUAUGGGCAGUUUGACCCAGCUUCCCACGAAUGGUCGGACGGCGUGUUGGCCAAUACUUUCAGAGAAUUCGCGAACAAUCCAUCCCCUGAUAGAAAAUGGAUUUUGUUCGAUGGACCCGUUGAUGCUGUCUGGAUUGAAAAUAUGAACACUGUUUUGGACGAUAACAAGAAAUUGUGUCUCAUGUCAGGAGAGAUAAUCCAGAUGACAAACCAAAUGAACUUGAUAUUUGAACCGGCUGACUUGGAGCAGGCUUCUCCAGCCACCGUAUCCAGAUGUGGGAUGAUAUACAUGGAACCUCACCUGCUGGGAUGGGAGUCGUUUCAUCAAACCGCCUUAAACAUUUACUCGACGGUAUUGUUAAAAGAACAAGUGCAAAUUAUAGACGAAUUGGUGCAAUGGAUGGCUCCCGCCUCGUACGAAUUCAUCAAAAAACAUUGCAAGAGUAUGGUUACCAUAAAUAAUAACUACUUUUAUUUGUCCGGAAUGAAAAUGUAUAAACACGAAGUGAUGAAGCAAAAAUCAUUGAGCACGAUCUCAAUACAAAUACUUCUUAUAGUGGUCCACAUCUGGACCACUUCAGGUACUUUGAACGGUGAAGGUCGCAUUGUUUUUGACGCAUGGUUCCGAAAAUUCGUUAACGGUGAAAACAAGGAGUUCCCCAGACCAAAAUCUGUUACUGUUACGAAAGCCCAAUUGUUCCCGGAUAGGUUUACCAUAUUCGAUUAUUAUUGGGACCCUAACAAGAAUAAUGGCUCGUGGAUUUUGUGGACGGAUAUGGUCGAGAAAAUGCAGACCAUUCCUCUUAAUGCCAAGCCAAGCGAGUUGAUCAUACAGACCACGCAGAGCAUCUACAUGAACUUCUUCUUAAAAAUGUGCCUUAAAUUAAAUAGCCCAGUAUUAUUUGUUGGCCCAACAGGCACCGGUAAAUCAGCUGUAGUAAUGGACACUUUACUGAGCUUGCCAAAGGAGGAAUAUGUAAUUAACCCGAUCAAUUUCAGCGCUAGAACUUCGUCUAUAAUGACGCAAGAAACCGUUAUGUCCAAGUUGGAUAAAAGAAGGCGUGGUGUAUAUGGCCCUCCAAUGGGUAGGAAGUGCAUAUUGUUUGUGGAUGAUGUUGGAAUGCCUCAAAAGGAAGCUUGGGGGGCUCAACCACCAGUUGAAUUGCUUAGGCAAUGGUUGGAUCAUGGCCAUUGGUUCGAUAAGGACACGGCUAUGCUUCAACUAGUUGACAUGAGUUUCGUAGGAGCAAUGGGGGUUCCAGGAGGCGGUAGAAACGAAGUAACAGAGCGAUUUUUACGCCACAUGUUCAUAGUAACAGUGGAUUCUUUCGAUGAUAGCACUUUGACGAAAAUAUUUGUCACUAUUUUAGAGUGGCACUUCCAAAAAGGCUUUGAAGAAGAAGUUUCAAGAUUAACGAAAUUCUGCAUUGAAGCCACAAUGGAGGUCUACAAGGCCGCCACUUUAAAUUUCCUACCAACACCUACGAAAUCUCACUACACUUUCUCACUACGUGACUUUGCUAGAGUUAUCUACGGACUUCUAAACACCCCACCUACUCGACUGGUAGAUCCAGAUAAAUUUAUAAGAUUAUGGAUCCAUGAGUCAUACAGAGUUUUUCAUGAUAGACUUAUCGAUGAUACGGACAGGUUGCAGUUUUUUGAUAUCGUGAAGAAUGCUUGCUAUCAAGGGUUUAGGCAACAGUUCAACAAGGUCUGCGCUGUUCUUGUGGAAGAAGAUGAAAUUAUUGGCCCCCAACAUAUUAGAGGUUUAUUUUACGGAAACUAUAUAGAACCAGAUGCAGACCCAAAGAUAUAUGAUGAAAUUUUAGAUUUGGAGGAUUUGACAGAAAAGAUGGUAUACUACCUCAAAGAGUACAAUGUGGUAUCUAAAUCCCCCAUGAACCUUGUCAUGUUCCAAUUCGCAAUUGAACACGUGUCAAGAGUCUCAAGAGUGCUCACCCAACCCAACGGUAAUGUACUUUUGGUGGGGAUCGGAGGUUCAGGUCGGCACAGCGCAGUAAAAUUGGCCGCUUCAAUGUCAGAAAUAGCCAUAUUUGAAAUUGAAAUCAGUCGGACUUAUGGAGUGGGUGAAUGGCGAGACGACUUGAAAAGACUUUUGCUUAAAGCUGGCAUAGAUGCCAAACCUAUAGUGUUUCUAUUCGCUGACACUCAAGUAGCGGACGAAUCCUUCAUAGAAGACAUCAACACAGUACUUAACACAGCUGAUGUUCCAAAUUUAUAUGCCCCCGAUGAAAAGGCGGAAAUCUUGGACAAGAUGCAAGCUGCAUCAAGAGACUCAGGGAAAAAGAUCGACCUUACACCGUUGGCGCUCUAUAACUUUUUUAUAGAACGCGUUAAAAGCAGUCUACAUACAGCUCUAUGCAUGAGCCCUAUAGGAGACGCUUUCCGUGUUAGGUGCAGAAUGUUUCCGUCGCUUAUAAACUGCUGUACUAUAGACUGGUUCACGGAUUGGCCGCAGGAUGCUCUUCAACGUGUUGCCAACAUGUUUUUGUCCAAAACAAACCUCAAUCAAGACAUGAUUGAACUAUGCACAAAAAUAUGCAAAUAUUUCCACGUGUCAGUACAAGAUUUAUCAAAAAUAUUUUACAGAGAACAAAAACGUAAAACUUACGUGACCCCGACAUCAUAUUUGGAGCUUAUACAAACUUUCAUUAACAUGUAUUACCUAAAAAUCGAACAAAUAACGCUUUUAAGAAACCGAUACGAGGUCGGUUUGGAAAAAUUGGAUUUCGCAGCCAGCCAAGUCGGUCUGAUGCAGCAAGAGUUGUACGAUUUACAACCAAAGCUGGUUGUAGCUUCAAGCAUAACUGAAAAAUUGAUGGUUAAAAUAGAGCAAGAUACGGUUAUUGUGGAAAAACAAAAAGAGAUCGUAGGUGCCGACGAAGCUUUGGCCAACGAAGCCGCCGCUGCGGCUCAAGCAAUCAAAGACGAUUGCGAGUCCGAUUUAUCCGAAGCUAUCCCAGCUCUUGAAGCUGCACUAGACGCUUUAAACACUUUGAAGCCUGCUGAUAUAACUGUCGUUAAAUCCAUGAAAAACCCACCGUCUGGGGUCAAACUUGUGAUGGAAGCUGUUUGUGUGAUGAAACAAGCUAAACCAAUAAGAAAGCCGGACCCUUCAACAGGACGAAUGAUUGAAGAUUAUUGGGAUACAUCUGUAAAAUUAUUGGGUGAUAUGAAAUUUUUGGAAGGCCUUAAGACUUACGAUAAGGACAAUAUACCUUCGCCUGUCAUGAAAAGAAUUCGAGAAAAAUAUAUGCAGGACAGAGAGUUUAACCCGGACCGAAUCCAUACAGUAUCGACUGCUUGUGAAGGUCUUUGUAGAUGGGUUUUGGCCAUGGAAGUAUAUGACCGGGUUGUUAAAAUAGUGGCACCCAAAAAAGCUGCUUUGGCCGAAGCCGAAGGCGAAUUAGCCGCCCAGAUGGACACACUUAAUGCUAAAAGAGCGCAACUUCAAGAAGUUGCCGACAAACUGCAAGCUCUCAACGAUGAGUUUGCAGCCGAAACCAAGAAGAAAAAAGACUUGGAGGACAUGAUAAACUUGUGUUCCCAAAAAUUAGACAGAGCCGAAAAGUUGAUAGGAGGCCUGGGUGGUGAAAAAUCCAGAUGGUCAGAGAUGGCCAGGCAACUUCAAGAGUUGCUUGGUAACGUUAUAGGCGACGUGAUCUUGAGUGCAGGUGUUAUAGCAUAUCUGGGACCUUUCACUGUAAACUACAGACAAGAGGUGACCAAAAGAUGGAACGAGUACUGUCUCGAACUGGGUAUACCGUGUUCUACUAACUUUUCCCUAGUUACGACAAUGGGUGAACCCGUCUUGAUACGAGCAUGGAACAUUGCAGGGUUACCAAUUGAUACGUACAGCGUAGAAAAUGGUAUAAUAGCAACUAAGGCGAGAAGAUGGCCAUUAAUGAUCGAUCCUCAAGGCCAAGCAAACAGAUGGAUAAAAAACAUUGAAAAAAACAACCGUCUAACCAUCAUCAAACUGACCGACUCAAAUUACGUGAGGGUCUUGGAGAACGCGGUUCAGUUCGGAACCCCUGUGAUGCUGGAAAAUAUCGGCGAAGAAAUUGACGCCGUGCUGGACCCGAUUUUGACCAAGAACAUUUUCAAAUCCACUGGCGUUUGGUACCUGAAACUGGGCGAUAACGUUCUGGAGUACAGUUUCGACUUCAGGUUUUUCAUCACUACGAGGUUCAGGAAUCCACAUUAUUUGCCGGAAAUAGCCGUCAAAGUGUCACUUUUGAACUUCAUGAUCACUCAGCAAGGCUUACAAGAUCAAUUGUUGGGCAUAGUAGUGGCAAGAGAACGUCCGGAACUGGAAGAAAAGAAGAACGCAAUGAUAGUGGAAGGCGCAAACAACAAAAAAAUGCUUAAAGAGAUAGAAGACAAAAUCCUGGAAGUACUCUCGUCAUCUCAAGGAAACAUCCUGGAGGACGAAACCGCAAUUAAAAUCCUUUCCAGCAGUAAGGUGCUAUCUGCCGAUAUAGAAGAAAAGCAAAAAAUAGCCGCGGUAACCGAGAAAGAAAUCGACUUCGCUCGAAACCAGUACGUUCCAGUGUCGAAACAUUCAGCUGUUUUGUUCUUCUGUUUAUCCGAUUUAGCCAACAUCGAUCCAAUGUACCAGUACUCCCUGGGUUGGUUUAUAAAUCUGUACCAUCAAGGAAUCUCUAACAGCACGAAGUCUGAAGUAUUGGAGGAAAGACUGGGCUAUUUAAACAACUAUUUCACCAACAGUAUAUACCGGAAUGUUUGCAGGAGUCUUUUUGAAAAGGAUAAGCUGAUUUUUUCGCUGAUUUUGUCUGUGGGAAUACUCAGAUCUCAUGGUUCAAUUGACGAAGACGUGUGGAACUUUUUCCUAACCGGCGGCGUAGCCUUGGACAAUCCUUACGAAAACCCCGCUUCUGAAUGGCUGUCGGAAAAAUCUUGGUCCGAGAUUGUUAGAGCAUCCCACCUAAAAGGUCUGGAAAAUUUUCAAACGUCCGUUAAAAAGAAUGUCAAAGAAUGGAAGGCUUUUUACGACGUGUCCAACCCCCAAGACAUCCCCUGCCCUGCGCCCAUGGACGAACUACGCGGCUUGCUACGAUUAAUAUUGGUCAAGUGUUUAAGACCGGAUAAAGUAGUCCCAGCAGUUCAAAUGUAUAUCGUAGAAGAGAUGGGUCAAGCGUAUCUGGAACCCCCGCAAUUUAAUUUGGAAGAAUCCUACAGUGAUAGUAAUUGUUGCACGCCGCUGGUGUUUAUUUUAUCCGCAGGAUCUGACCCUAUGGCCGGUUUGGUUAAGUUUGCAGCCGACAAGGGCAUAGCGAAGACCAGUCUUAUGACUAUUUCGUUGGGGCAAGGACAAGGCCCAAUAGCAGCGAACAUGAUACAAACAGGAAUGGUAACAGGCCAAUGGGCCGUCCUACAAAACUGUCAUUUAGCGGAGAGUUGGAUGAGAGAGCUAGAUCGGAUAUGCGAUGAAGUUAUUCUUCCAGAAAAUACGAACACCAGUUUUAGGUUGUGGUUGACCAGCUACCCUAGCAGGGCUUUUCCAGUGGCAAUUUUACAAAACGGUGAUAAAUGA